ACAAGUGAGAGAACUGUUGCAUUUCGGUAAAGACGUUUACCAGUAGAUUUCAAGAUUAAAAUCUACAAAAUGUAUCGUUCGAAUAUUUUAGACCAUAAAAAGGACGUGAAAAGUUAAUUAGUUAAGUCACUGUCUAUUAGUUAAGUCACUGUCUAUUAGCCUCGGUUGUUGAUGGCCGGGUGAUCUGUUACGCACUGACUGAAAACAAAUAACGAUUGGCGCACGACGGCUCAUUGUAGCAGGCUAGCCUUUAAUCAGAGUGAAUAGUUUGUGGUUUACGACAACAAUUUUGGUCAAAUUAGAAAAAAACGGAAAGUGGACUUGCUGUUAGUUUUCGAGUUCGUCGGACUACUCUAUAGCUUGGCAUCUCAAAAGGCGAAGGUGAGGAUGAGCUGUCCUCACAGAUUUCUCGACCACGUUGAAAGUCUGACUGCACUUGGCUGAGAAAAUCACCAUACCACGUCGUAUCGCAGAUUAUCGACACUUCUAUUGAGCAACGAGGAGGAAAAGAAUGCUCCUGGCACAAGAUGUCUGAUUCGGAAGUAAACAGUGGAACCUGAGAUAUUCUCUGCUACGACUCAGCGCGCCACAAAAAAAACAGAGGAACAAGUUUUCAUGAGGAACAGAACAUUUUCUCAAAACUGUGUUUUGAUAAAUACUGACUUAAAAAUAUAUAUAUAUAUCUGAGUGGGGAAUGUGUUAGUCUACCCAUGAGGAAAACACACCCAGGAUUAAGCAAAUUUAAAAUACAUAGAGAAAGAGAAGCACAAGGAAAGAGGAAGGAAAAAAGACCAGAGAUUUAAACAUUUUUUUUCAUUCUCUUCCACUGAUCCUUGGACCAGACAAGUGAGUGUCCUUCACUGAACGCCUUGGGUGAGAUGGACUCCAGUGGGAAUACUGGAGCAGCAGACCCCACCUGACAGCUCUCCAACUGAGAAAUAUAAGGACAUUUCAACAGGAGAUUCUGCUGACAUUUUGUCUGAAAAAUAUUUAUAUUUUUAAAGAACCCUCUAGAACCAUCUACAAUCUACUAUAUUCUAUCCCAGGGAAAACCCUUGUAUUUAUCCUUCCAAAGAACUGGAUGUGUGACUUAGUCCGUUUCAACCCAUGUAUGCAACACGGAGAAGGUGUCCACACUCAACUGGCUGGUUUCACCUCUAGUCCUCCAAAGAUAAUAACAUACUACUUUUGAUAUCAGUGAGAUCUUUACUGAAAAUAGGGAUGAAAAACAUGAAUAAAUAUUGCUUUGCGGACGAAAAGUCCAAUCUUCAAAAAUAGAUGUGAAGAAAAAGGGGUUGAGAAAUCCAAAGAUAAACCUAGUCAUUUUUGUUAUUUUUAUUUAAUGGAAGGGAAAAACAUGUUUCUCCUCCUGACAUUUGACUUCAACAACUCCUGAGCUUUGUUGUUCCUUCAGUGUCCUAUAGCAUCUCAUUCCUUUCUUUACAUUGAAAUCUCCUGAAUUUCCAGUCUCUCCUCAUAAACCUCUUACCCUUUCACUCUCCCUCAUUUACCCCUUCUUUCCCUUUAUUUGACCUAACUACCUCACCACCUACUCGCGGUGUAGAACCUCUCUGCCUCCUCCCCUUUCCCCCUCAGCACCUCUCUCUCACCAUCUUUCCCCUUAGUCCCGGUUAUCCCAGAGUUCAUUCUGGCCGGCACCACCGUUCCGGCCAAGGGGGAGGAGGACUUCCUUACGCUGGCCGCCACCCGGCUCAGCCGCAGGAAACGUGUCAUCGGGGCAGGAGUGGGCGUGGCCAUGGUGCUGGUGCUGCUGGUUGCCAUCCCCUUAUUGGUUCACACCACCAAAGGGGGCGCGUCUGGGGGCGGGAGCACCCAUUAUGAGAUGCUCGGCAGCUGCAAGAUGGUGUGCGACUCUUUCACCCCCCCACAGGGAAGCCACGAGCUGACUGCUGUCUCCCCCCAACCCCCAGACUUCACAGGGAGAAGGGGCAAAUCUGGGUUUCGUGGGAGCCCUGGACCCCCUGGCCCCCCAGGCCCCAGAGGUCCCCCUGGAGAACCAGGCAAGCCAGGCCCCCCUGGGCCUGCUGGCCCUGGCCCAGGGGGCUACGUCCCCUCCUUCUACAGCCCCAAGAUUGCCUUCUAUGCAGGCCUCCGUAAACAGCAUGAAGGGAGUGAAGUGUUGAGGUUUGACGAUGUGGUGACCAAUGUGGGGAACUACUAUGAACCCAGUACUGGCAAGUUCACCUGCCCCCUGCCUGGCAUCUACUUCUUCACCUACCAUGUCCUGAUGAGGGGCGGAGAUGGCACCAGCAUGUGGGCCGACCUGAAGAAGAAUGGACAGGUGAGGGCCAGUGCCAUAGCCCAGGAUGCUGAUCUGAACUAUGACUAUGCCUCCAACAGUGUCAUCCUGCACCUGGACGUGGGGGACGAAGUGUGUGUGCAGCUCGAUGGGGGCAAAGUCCACGGAGGAAACACCAACAAAUACAGCACCUUCUCUGGCUUCCUCAUCUACCCUGACUGAUGGCAUUCAUGCGUUACACAUACACAGACACAAACAUACAACCACACAAACAAACAAUCUCCCAGGCAAACAUAUACAGCACCUUCUUCAGGAUUCUCAUCCAACCUGAUUCUCUAAACCUCUCUCUCUCUCUCUCUUUCUCUCUCUCUCUCUCUCUCUCUUUCUCUCUUUCUCUCUCUCUCUCUCUUUCUCUCUCUCGCUCUCUCUCUCUC